AUGGUGUCCCCCGAGUCGGAGCACCGGACUCCAGAGACCACGGUGACGCCGAAACAGUCCAGCCAGCCCAUCCAGCCCAUCCAGCCCAUGAGCAUCCAAGAUGCCGAGACCGAGACCGACGAUGCUGUGAUCGGCAAGCCGUGGAUGUACAAGCCGAUUGUGCGGAUUGGCCGCUGGGAGGCCCCUUGGUUUGCCUCGCCCGAGAUGCAGCUAGUCCUCGUCUCCUUUGUCUGUUUCCUGUGCCCCGGCAUGUACAAUGCCGUGAGUGGAUUGGGAGGUGGCGGGCAGAUCAACCCUAUCGACGUGAACAAUUCCCAGACGGCGCUGUAUAGUACUUUCGCCGUGGUCGGGUUCUUCGCCGGCUCGAUUGCCAACCGCAUUGGUCUGCGCCUGACCCUCUCGUUGGGUGGAUUCGGCUACUUCCUCUAUGUUGCAUCUCUGCUCUCCUACAAUAUCAACCAGAAUGCGGGCUUCUUGAUCUUCGCCGGAGCUCUCCUGGGGGUUUGCUCGGGUCUGCUCUGGUGCGCCCAGGGCGCCGUGAUGAUGAGUUACCCCCACGAGCAUGAAAAGGGCAAGUACAUUGCCAUUUUCUGGGUGAUCUUCAACCUGGGGGGGGGGGUCAUUGGGAGUCUGGUGCCCCUGGGCCAGAACAUGCAUAGCACGGCGGGGAACGUGAACAAUGGCACCUAUAUCGCGUUCCUGGUUUUAAUGGCGUUAGGGUUUGUCCUGUGCUGGGGCCUUGUGGACUCCAAGUACAUCAAGCGGGGCGACGGGUCACGAGUCAUUGCGAUCAAGAACCCUACCUGGAAGUCCGAGUUCUUGGGUCUUUGGGAGACCUUGCGCACCGACUACUACAUUAUCUUGAUGUUCCCCAUGUUCCUGGCCAGUAACUGGUUCUACGGCUACCACUUCAACGCAGUCAACUUGGCCUACUUCACCGUCCGGACUCGCGCCCUGAAUAGUCUGCUAUACUGGCUGAUGCAGAUGGUGGGGGCAUUUGUCUUUGGGCAACUUCUGGAUUUGCCUUGCCUUUCGCGUCCCGCACGCGCUAAGCUCAACUUUGGCGUCUUGGUGGCCAUCACCCUGGGUAUCUGGGGUGGCGGCUACGUUUUCCAAAGACAGUAUACCCGAGAGACUGCAAGGGGCGACAAGGAUUUUACGGAUAGUGGCUACGUGGGGCCUAUGUUCCUCUACAUGUUCUAUGGCUUCUACGACGCUGCCUUCCAAACCUGCACUUAUUGGUACAUGGGCUCCCUCUCCAACAACAGCCGAAAGCUGGCCAAUUUUGCCGGGUUCUAUAAGGGAAUCCAAUCUGCCGGUGCAGCUGGCAUGUGGCGGUACGUACCAUCAUUUCGUCUCAUCCUCGUAGUCAUCGCUGACCAUGUCCUUUUCUGCAGGUUGGACGCCCAGAAAACGCCGUACAUGACCGAAUUUGCCUCUUGCUGGGGUAUGCUCUUAGGAAGCAUGCUCAUCGCCUCGCCAAUUGUAUUUUUCAAAGUCAAGGACAGCACUGCCGUUGAAGACGAUCUAGCUUUCUCUGAUGAGACUACUGCCGACGUACUGGGAGAGACCAUUGAAGGUCCCCACGAGUACGAAAAGCCGGAGUCGCAUGAAGAUGCCUCUUCCAAGGCUUGA